GCAAAGGAUAUUUAAAAAAGAAAAAAAGAAAAAAAAAAAAAAGAAAGAAAGGAAGGCAGAAUCCCGUAUUUUGCUUGAAGCCAAUGCUUCCUUUCUUUCCCUUUUGCUUUUCCCCCUCAUAACAAACUCCAUUGCAGCGAUUUCUAUUGAAACAGAAUGAUUACCAUUCCUCAGAACCAUCAGAGAAAAUCCCCCGACGCCGAAGAUUGGAUCUCCGAGUCCAUCAACGGUGGAUCCUUACGCCACGUCGACCUGCAGACUGGAACCAACGGCUGGGCUUCGCCUCCCGGCGAUCUUUUCUCCAUCCGCUCCAAAAACUACUUCACGAAACGGCAAAAAUCGCCUGCCGGCGAUUAUUUGCUUUUUCCUGCCGGCAUGGACUGGCUGAAAUCAACUUCCAAACUGGAAAACGUUUUGGCGCGUGAAGACAAUCGCUUGUCUUUAUCUCUCCUUCGAGCACAAGCGGAAGGAAAAUCGCUGAAGAGCUUCAUUUUCGCCGUGAAUCUUCAAAUCCCCAGCAAUAUUGACCAAUACAGCGCCGUGUUCUAUUUCGCCACCGAAGAUCCGAUCCCGACUGGUUCGCUUCUCCACCGGUUCAUCCACGAGGACGAUGCCUUCAGAAACGAGCGGUUCAAGAUCGUGAACCGGAUCGUAAAUGGACCGUGGAUUGUGAAGAAAACCGUCGGAAAUUACAGCGCCUGUUUGCUCGGAAAGGCGUUAGCGUGCAGUUAUCACAAAGGUACGAAUUACUUUGAGAUCGAUGUCGAUAUCGGGAGCUCGGCGUUGGCAUGCGCGAUUCUGCGAUUGACAUUGCUUUACGUGAAUUCCGUAACGAUCGACAUGGGAUUUCUGGUCGAGGCAGUUACGGAGGAUGAGUUGCCGGAGAGAUUAAUCGGCGCCGUUAGGGUUUCUCAGAUCGAGAUGGAAGCGGCGGCGGUGGUAGAAUCGGUUACUGGACCGCCGCGUCCGUUAGAGAACGGUAAGGUGGAUCAACUGCUGAAGUCGAGCAACGACGAUUCUGAAGAAAAAAUUUGUGAUACAAUAAAUGAAAUUCUUCGGAUUGAAGAUUCUGCAAACGUAAUAAAAGCAUGAAUUCUGCAACAAAACAAAACAUCGGAUUCUCGAAGUUUCGAAGUUUUUCCUUUUUCUUUUUUUUUUUUAAAAUUAACAAAAAUUUAAUAUUGAGUUUUUUAGUGGCAAAUUCAUUGCUCGCUAUUAGAUUUCGAUGGAAAUGGUUUUUGUUAGCAUUACAUACAUAUUGAGAGAGAGAGAUUAAGUGGAGUCUCAAUCUAAGCUACAAAUUCCCGUUUAAAGUUAAUUAUUGUAACAGAACUUUAGCCAUUGUUUUAUCUUCUUCUUCUAUUUUUUUUUUCUGGUUUCAAUUUAACAUCCCUUUC